GUGUACUCUUUCUGUUAUAAACGAUAAUACAGUGAAAGAAGUCAUUUAUUUACAGGAAUACUAGAAUGGCCAGCAAGAAGGAACCCCCUUUCUUCAAUGAGGAUAAUGUUGGAUCAUGUCAUUGCAAACUUACUUUCUAUGAGACCAUGGAGCUCUUCAUUGAAACUCUUACAGGAACAUGCUUUGAAUUGCGAGUGUCUCCUUUCGAAACAGUUAUUUCUGUGAAAGCUAAAAUCCAGAGGCUGGAAGGUAUCCCUGUAUCUCAGCAGCAUUUAAUCUGGAAUAAUGUGGAGUUGGAGGAUGACUAUUCUUUGAAUGAUUACCACAUUUCAGAAGGAUGUACUUUGAAGCUGAUCUUAGCAAUGCGUGGUGGACCUAUUAAUACAAAAAGAGUUCCGUUGGAAGAUCCAAUUAAGGAAAUAGCAGAAUACAUGGGUCCCUGUCGAGAUGAUGUCUGGGAAAAGGUUCCAUCCAGUAAACAUGUUACAUUCUUGGUAUACCAGGAAGGAGACCAGUUGAAUUUUUUUCGGGUUGUGGACAGGGGAGAUGGAACUUUAACACCAUUAUCUGAAUCUUUAAAUGGUGGUUCAGUUUAUAAUUUGUAUGCUGAUGAUGAUGAAGAUACAGAAAUAUCUCCUUCCGGGCAACAGAUUAUUGAGAACUCCAUUACAAUGAAUAAAAUGAAGCUGCUCAAGGCAAAGAUGGAAAACAUGAACCUUAAUAAAAAGCCUAAGAUCAAAAUGAAUCCCCAUUCUCCAGUGGUUCUUCAUCCAUCUAGUGGCUCGCUUGCAGCUGUUCGUCAUAAUUUUCUACGAGCACUUCCUCAUAUUGGGCAAUCCUGUCUGCCUCCUGAAAAUUUACAUAAGUCAGGAAUAUCUCAGAAUGCUUUUUCAGCCUUAGCACAUACUGGUAAAAAAGUUACUAGAAACUUUCUUAAAGAAAAUGACAAAUGGGAGAGUAUUUCACCAUCUCAGUCAAUUAACAGCUCGACACUGCCUUCAAAAGUAUCAUGUGUGGACAAGGGAGAGGCCAAACUUUCUGAAAACCAUUUGGUUCCUCAAGUGACAACUGCACUUGCAAAUUUGGAAAAAAAUGCAGAAAAUGGUACAUCGUCCAAUGAAAGAUGUCCUUUCUUGUAUCCAGAUCUCACAAAUGUAAAUCUGUAUACUGCAGAAAAAAAUGUUCUACCGCACAAAGAGACUCUUGCCUCGGUAUCAGAAGAAACUUGUAAUGACUCACAUAGCAAAAUAUCUGGAACAGAAGAAGGAAAUACCACACUUCAGUUACCGCAGGAGCAUCAAAACAAAUCCAUCACAAAAACUUUUGCAACAGCAGAAAAUAGUAUUUUUAACUCUCACGAGUUUAGUCUCAAGAAAACACGCCUGUCACCUCUUCAUUGUUCAUCACAGAUGGCGCAUUACAGUCCUCAGAAAUCUCAAGCUCACGCCAAAUAUUUUGAAGAAGCUGGCUUGAGGCCUACUAUUUCUCCAAACAUUCUGCAGUCGUUGGAGGUGAACAGUUUAGCAGAUUCCUCUUACUCAAGAACAUCUAGAUUUCAUGGCAUUGGUUUAGAUUUACCUACCAAAAGGCCUGAUACCCAUUCUAAAGUGGAGGCAAGGGAUAUCACAGAAGUAGCAAUUAAGGCUUCCAAAGACCCUGUUUCUGUAAAUAACAUAAGUUUGUUAAGUUCAUUUACCCGAAGCACAAAUAGAGAUGGCUUACAGAAUUCUUGUGGCACAAACAGGUUUCGGACUCCUGGUAUUUCAUUAACUACCAACUUUCAACAUUUUCAAGAAGAAAGUUUUAGAACGGCUUCUCCUCACAAUGACAUGCCUGGAUAUUUUUUAUCUUCUGGAGUUGGAUCGAAUGGAAAUAUUAUAACUUCAGGAAAAAGAAUGGGUGAUACAACUCAUCUUCCACCUGUGAAUUGUUCUAUUCAACCUAAAAAGAAAAUUGCAAAGCAUUGCUUCCUAUGUGGAAAGAAAACUGGAUUAGCAACUAGCUAUGAAUGUAGAUGUGGAAACAACUUCUGCGCAACUCAUCGCUAUGCAGAGACUCACACCUGUACUUAUGACUACAAGAAUGCAGGAAGGAGAUUCUUGCAGGACUCCAAUCCUGUUGUCAGUGCACCAAAGCUUCCCAAAAUCUAAGCAUAAUUUUAUGGUCCGUGACUGAACUGUUUUUCUUUACUGUAUUUCAAAUCUAAAGAUUGGCAAGUAACAAGAUCAUCCAAAGCUCUAUAAUUCUGAAGAAUGAUGUAACACUCUUGAAACUGACACCUUUUAUUCUUUAGAGAAUCAAAAUUUAAACAUUAGUUUUUAAAAAUGUACAUUCUGAUUUAACAAUUAUUAUAUAUUUUGUGUUAAGUAUUUUAUAAUUGAAAAUGUCCUUUCACUAGUCAAGUCUUAAAAAGAUGCACUUUAUUAUACAUACAUACAUAUAUGUAUGUAUCUAUGUCUCUGUGUGUAUAUAUAUGUACAUGUAUAUAUGUAUAUAUAUUAUAUAUGCACACAAAGAAACACACUAUAAUGAGACUUGACAGGGUUCUGUAUUGAAAAUGUCUUAUAAUCCCUUGGUUUUCAAAUAUGUUGUUUUAGUUUUUAGUAUGGAGGUUUCAUUGUACUAGGCCAACUUUCUCAUAGCAAAGGGCCUUGUAGUCCAUCAAACCAGCUGAAGACCAUGUUUCUGUUCUGGAAGUAACAUAUCAUGUUAGAUCAUUAUUAUCUGGCAGAUUUAAAAGCA